AUGUUGCCUGUGGAGUAGGCUACUUCCGUAUUCAUUUUGUAAACAUUGCAGGUUGCGGAAGACGAACAAGCAUUUAUAUUGUGAAUAUUCAGACUGGUAUAAACUAGCGUCCUUUCUUGUGAUUCAUGGAGAGGGGGAUAAUGACCGUACACGCGAUAAAAUCGCUUGGGUACUCGGGAAGUGCGUGUGUCACACAAUGUAGAUGUGAAGAACUCCCCUGCCCACUCCUCACCUGGUUGGCGUCAAACCUAAAGAUGUUAUGUCCAGAAUUACAAGACAGAAAAAUUAGUGUUGUACUAGUGGGAGAGCUGCGGACUGUGUUAACAUGCCUGCAUUGUCCUCUCACCUAUGUGACUGAAGAUACACUAAACCCUUUUUUCCUGAACAAAGUCAUUGAUUUCUUAGUGUCAGAAUUACUCGCAGCAAGGAUACUGAAAUAUAAUGAAACGCAACCAGAUGAUGGGAGGACUGUGGCUGAGGCAGAGACGGAGCAGAGGGUGGCAGAUCACCGUGUUGAAGAAACAGCGAAGUGGUGUCAACAGUUAAAGGAAGGUGAAGGUGAAGGGACUGAUGACGGGAUGAAAAGUGAAGAAAGAGAGGAGCUGGCGUCAUUGUUCCAAAACCUCGACUUGGAUCCCUCUUCUCAUGUAACAGACGCCUGCCAUCAGGUGGAAGUGAGGCUGGCUCUGCUACCAGAGGGGAGCAUGGAGCCACUUCUGAACACCAGUCUGACCUCAGACCAGUGGAGACAAGUGGAGAAGAUAAAUCGAGCUCUCUUGGAGGACUACGAAUGUCGACGGCAGAUGAUGAUCAAACGUUUUCAAGUCACACUUCAGUCUUUCGCCUGGGGAGAAAAAGAACAGGAACGCAGUAAUGCUCUUGCUUCAGUGCCUCCUCUCUCCUCCAUGUCCCUCUCCUCCCAUGUGUCCCUGCCACUCCUGCUCGCGGCUCGGAAAGAUCAGUCUUGGAUUCGUCCAGUGAGAGCUGGGCUUAGCACUGCAAUCCACAAGGUCCUGAUGGGCAGCGUUCCUGACAGGGGAGGCCGGCCAGGGGAGAUCGAGCCCCCCAUGCCCUCUUGGGAAGGGAGGAGAGAGAGGGGAAAGGGCUCUGGGCGCGGAGGUCGAAAUCAGCAACACCGAAACUUCUCUGGAAAGAAGGGGAAAAAGAGAGACGCAGAGUAACUGUUGUGGUCUUGUCAAUCUGGGUUUUUGUGAUUAAGGUUUGCGUGAGAUACAGGAACAGAAGCUGACUGACAUCCACCUGUUUGCACUUAUUUUUCAUUUAGAGGGAAAUUUUGUUUCAUAAUUUCAUGAACAAAUGUAUACAUUUCUUAUUUGCACAAGUGGAACAUUAAUUGUAGCAAUGCAAAUAAUUUGUUGCUGCUAGUAUAUGAUAUCUGUUAGUAGAUAUUCGGAAUUGUUAUGAUUGCUCAUGGGUUUUGAGUGUGCCAAUACACUUCUUUCGUGAAUAAAACCAUUCUUUAAUGCUU